UCCUACCCACUAUGGAGGUAGUAACAUAGUCUAGGGAAGUGUGAAGUUACUAGCUUAUGUUCUUGCCCAUUGUGACCAGCCUAAUACACACACGGCGGCCCACAUACGGCUACCAUAGAAUGUAAACCGGGCCUAUAAAUUCGAACCGGCCGGCCAUGGUAGUAACGACGAACCAACAAGAAACCUGUAGCACCGAGCUAGGCGAAGGUCGAUCGAGAGAGAUGCAGGGCGGGGAGAGCGCGGCGGGCGCGGCCAUGGAGGCGGGGGCGAACCUGGGCGCGUCGGCGUGGGCGGGCAAGGAGAAGACCAUGGCCGUGGUGCAGGAGACGGUGGAGAAGGCCAAGGCGCACGACGACCCGGCGGCGCAGGCGUCGGCGGAGGCCAGGAAGGAGGAGCGGGUCCUCGAGGUGGAGGCCGCCAAGCAGGACGCCUACCGCCACAACGCGGCCGUCGCCAAGGACGGACGCGCCGCCGCCGUCGUCAAGGAUGAGAAGGAGGCGUCGGCGGCGGCCGUCUCCGCCUGACGACUCCUUUGGAAACCCCCUUCUCCAGUAUUUUCAUUUGUUCGAUCGACUGUAUGUAUGUAUUGUAUUGCUUGGACUUGAGUGCUGCGUGCAUUUGGAAUUAUUGCUGUGAGAGUUGUUGUUGUUGUUGGAGAUGAGAUGGGAUUGCUUUUUAACGUGCAAUGCGAUGUGAUCCUUUGGU